GGAAAGGCAGCCUCCCGCUACAGCAUGAACUCAUUAUACCUCAGUGGAAGACUUUGGAAAGCCCUGUGAGAGAAAAGGGUCCUUUUUGCUCCAGCCUACACAGAAACCUUCUAUACUCCAAGUGGCAACCCUCUAACCACCACGCUGAAAUCAGAGGAUCACUGCUUCUACCAUGGCAUGGUGAAGGAAGUGGAACAGUCCAGUGUCACACUCAGCACAUGCCGGGGAAUUCGAGGACUGAUUACAGUGAGCAGUAACCUCAGCUAUAUCAUCGAGCCCCUCCCUGACAGCGGGGAUCAGCACCUUAUUUACAGAUCUGAGCAUCUCAAGCUGCCCCCAGGGAACUGCGGGUUCGAGCUCUCCAAGCCCACCACCAGGGACUGGGUCCUUCAGUUUACACAUCAGACCAAGAAGCGACCUCGCAGGAUGAAAAGGGAAGAUUUGAACUCCAUGAAGUAUGUGGAGCUUUACCUCGUGGCUGACUAUGCAGAGUUUCAGAAGAAUCGACGAGACGAAGACGCCACCAAACACAAGCUCAUAGAGAUCGCCAACUAUGUUGAUAAGUUUUACCGAUCCUUGAACAUCCGCAUUGCCCUUGUGGGCUUGGAAGUGUGGACUCAUGGGAAUAUGUGUGAAGUUUCAGAAAAUCCCUACUCUACCCUUUGGUCAUUUCUUAGUUGGAGGCGCAAGCUGCUUGCCCAGAAGAAGCAUGACAAUGCUCAGUUAAUCACGGGCAUGUCUUUCCACGGUACCACCAUCGGCCUGGCCCCGCUCAUGGCCAUGUGCUCCGUGUACCAGUCUGGAGGAGUCAACAUGGAUCACUCUGAGAAUGCCAUUGGUGCUGCUGCCACCGUGGCCCAUGAGAUAGGCCACAAUUUUGGCAUGAGCCACGAUUCUGCAGAUUGCUGCUCGGCCAGUGCAGCUGAUGGUGGAUGCAUCAUGGCAGCUGCCACCGGGCAUCCCUUUCCUCGAGUGUUCAACGGCUGCAACAGGAAGGAGCUGGACAGGUAUCUGCAGUCGGGCGGUGGGAUGUGUCUCUCCAACAUGCCGGACACCAGGACGCUGUAUGGAGGCCGGAGAUGUGGGAACGGGUACCUGGAAGAUGGGGAAGAGUGUGACUGUGGAGAGGAGGAGGAGUGCAACAACCCCUGCUGCAAUGCCUCCAACUGCACCCUGAAGGCAGGGGCGGAAUGUGCCCAUGGCUCCUGCUGCCAUCAGUGUAAGCUGCUGGCUCCUGGCACCCUCUGCCGCGAGCAGACCCGGCAGUGCGACCUCCCAGAGUUCUGCACGGGCAAGUCUCCCCACUGCCCCACCAACUUCUACCAGAUGGACGGCACCCCCUGCGAGGGUGGUCAAGCUUACUGCUACAACGGCAUGUGCCUCACCUACCAGGAGCAGUGCCAGCAGCUGUGGGGGCCUGGAGCCCGGCCUGCCCCUGAUCUCUGCUUCGAGAAGGUGAAUGUGGCGGGAGACACCUUUGGAAACUGUGGAAAGGACAUGAAUGGGCAACACAAGAAGUGCAACAUGAGAGAUGCGAAGUGUGGGAAAAUCCAGUGUCAGAGCUCCGAGGCCCGGCCCCUGGAGUCUAACGCGGUGCCCAUUGACACCACUAUUAUCAUGAACGGGAGGCAGAUCCGGUGCCGGGGCACCCACGUCUACCGAGGUCCUGAGGAAGAGGGUGACAUGCUGGACCCAGGCCUGGUGAUGACCGGGACCAAGUGCGGCUACAACCACAUCUGCUUCGAGGGGCAAUGCAGAAACACCUCCUUCUUUGAAACUGAAGGCUGCGGAAAGAAGUGUCACGGCCACGGGGUCUGCAACAACAAUCAGAACUGCCACUGCUUCCAGGGCUGGGCACCGCCCUUCUGUAACACGCCAGGCCACGGGGGCAGCAUCGACAGUGGGCCCAUGCCUCCCGAGGGUGUGGGUCCUGUGGUAGCUGGAGUGCUGGCAGCCCUCUUCAUGCUGGCGGGCCUCAUGCUGGUGUGCUACUGCUGCAGACAGAACAGCAAACUGGGCCAACUCAAACCAUCAGCCCUUCCUUCCAAGUUGAGGCAGCAUUUCAGUUGUCCCUUUAGAGUGUCUCAGAAUAGCGGAACUGGGCAUGCCAACCCAACUUUCAAGCUGCAGACGCCUCAGGGCAAGCGAAAGGUGAUCAGCACCCCGGAAGCCCUACGGAAACCCUCCCAGCCUCCUCCCCGGCCCCCUCCAGACUAUCUGCACGGCGCAUCCCUCCCGGCGCCAUUGGUCGCACACCUGGACAGGGCUGCCAGGAACUCCUCAGGGCCCAAGUCUCAAGUAGAGAAAAAGGAGUCGUCCAGGAGGCCUCCCCCAAGCCGGCCAGUUCCCCCCACACCAAAUUGCAUCCUCGCCCAGGAUUUCUCCAGGCCCCGGCCGCCCCAGAAGGCACUCCCGGCGAACCCCGUGCCUGGCCGCAAGACCCUCCCCAGGCCAGGGGGCACGACUCCACCACGGUCUGCUGCUGCCCGCCCUCAGCAGGUCCGGCCUGUGGCAACACCUACCCCAAAGUUUCCAGAAUACAGAUUGCAAAGAACUGGGGGGAUAAUGAGCUCCAAAAUCUAGACCUGCCUGAGGGGCUCCUCCCUUCCCUGAGUCCCGUGGACAUCACAGAGGACCGUGGCCACGGAACCUGGAAGCAGCAUGUCCGGCCACCUCUGAACACCCCCCUGCUGUGGCCUCGGAACCACCACAUCUCCAAAAACCUCCUUCCUGAUUCAGUGCCUCCUUGGCUUCCACAGAGGCCUGAGGGGCUACGAUCCACGGCUUCUGGGUAUUGUUCUGUGCAAUAUACAGCUUGGUCAGGGAGGGAGAGCACAGAGGGAGACCGUCCUCCACUUUCCCAGCCCAGGUGCCCUGGAGGCAGUCCCGGCAACUGGGAGCAGUCCUGUGCAGGCUCUCGGGCCAGGCCUCUGCUGGCAGGAGCCACCCCUCCGUGCUUGGCAGAGGGUACACGCCAGAGCCUCCCUUUGCUUCCACCACCCUUGAAGGGCCCCAGCUGGGCAGGGUUGCCACUCACCCCCACUUUAUCUGUCGGGGCUUGAGGGAGGGUCAGACCAGCCACUGCUGCAGCCCUGUCUGAGGCUUGGUUGAGGUGACAGCUUCUGGCUAUACAGUUGCAUGUGACAAGCCAGUCC